AUGGUUCAGCGAUCACGCUCGUGUGCCAUUUACAAGCCAUUGUUAGAUGAUGACGCGUGAUAAAACUGACCAAUCACAGAGCAGAAAGGCGGGGUUGGUCGAAAUACGGGUGGGAGAAACGUAGCACUGAUGUAACCGGGGGCAACUUUACACUAGCUCAGGUGUGGAGAGGUUUGUGUUUAUAGCUGGAGGUUUAAAGGUGUGAAGAAGAACUGAAUUCAUUAUUUUAGGAGAAAAGUCGUUAUUAUUAGCACAGUAUGCUAAGGACUGUAGUGUGUCGGGCCGGAAGUGGGCUUCUGAAGCACCCGUGCCGGAACGUCCCGGUGUUUUGGGGGACUCGAGCUCAGCAGCGAUGGGCAUCCAGCCUUCCCAUGAACACAGUGAUUCUGUUUGUGCCGCAGCAGGAGGCGUGGGUGGUGGAGAGGAUGGGCCGCUUCCACCGAAUCCUCGAACCUGGGCUGAAUUUAUUAAUCCCGAUCCUGGACAGAAUCCGCUACGUGCAGAGCCUUAAAGAGAUUGUGAUCGAUGUGCCAGAGCAGUCUGCUGUAUCUCUCGACAAUGUGACACUACAGAUUGAUGGAGUUCUGUACCUGAGAAUACUCGACCCCUUUAAGGCCAGUUACGGAGUUGAGGAUCCCGAGUAUGCAGUGACCCAGCUGGCACAGACCACGAUGAGAUCAGAGUUAGGAAAACUCACCCUGGAUAAAGUUUUCAGGGAGAGAGAGUCGCUGAACUCCAACAUCGUGCACUCCAUCAACCAGGCGUCUGAUGAUUGGGGGAUUCGCUGCCUGCGCUACGAGAUCAAGGACAUUCACGUCCCACCGCGCGUCAAAGAGUCCAUGCAGAUGCAGGUGGAAGCAGAGCGAAAGAAGAGAGCGACAGUUCUGGAAUCGGAGGGAACGAGGGAGGCGGCCAUCAACGUGGCGGAAGGACGCAAACGAGCGCAGAUUCUGGCUUCUGAGGGAGAGAAAGCAGAGCAGAUCAACAAAGCUGCAGGAGAGGCGAAUGCUUUGUUGGCUAAAGCGGAGGCUAAAGCAGAGGCUAUUAGGCUUCUCUCUGAUGCGCUGACUCAGCAGAAUGGAAACGCAGCGGCGUCCCUCAGCGUGGCCGAGCAGUACGUCUCUGCUUUCUCCAACCUGGCCAAACAGUCGAACACCGUCAUCCUGCCGUCCAACACGGGAGACGUCUCCAGCAUGGUCACACAGGCCAUGGCUAUUUACACGACUUUAGCCAAGACACAAAGCCCCGGCUCGGUGGAGGUGAAUCCCGUCCCUGCAGACGCUGAAUUCGAGUGUAAAGCAGUGCCUGAAGCCACAACACCCGAGUCCACAUCCAGUCAAUAAAAUAAACACGUGAAGUCUGAAUGCAUCCUGAUCCUUCUUUCUUUUCCCAAUUUUGUACAUGUUUAUGUUGGAAAAUAAAAAAAAAUAAUCUGCCAUUCUGUUAAACUCAAGAAAACGUACAUAUUUAAAUAAAAUUCUAUCAUUUUGUGAGCCAUUUAAUUUUCUAUUUUCCCAACACCGUAAACAAGUUUGGACAUUAAAGGACAUUUAUCACAAGUAUUAUUUUGUCUACUUCUUUCUGAGAAUGUGUACCGUACGUUUAAGAGGAAGAAUAAACUUCAGUGUGUGAAAAUGAACAA